GCAAUAUAUCAAAUUCCGACAGAAGAUAAUGAACCAGUCAAAAGUGUUCCUUUGGCAAUGCAAAGACUUUUUUAUCAAUUACAAAUAUCAGAUACUCCAGUUAUAACAACGGAAUUAACGAACUCUUUUGGGUGGGAUUCGUCAGUUUGUAACACGCAGCAUGAUGUACAAGAGUUUGAUAGAGUGUUACUAGAUUAUAUAGAGAAUAAAAUGAAGAAUACAAAUGUAGAUGAUGCCAUUUCUAGACUCUUUGUUGGAAAAAUGAAGAGUUAUGUUAGAUGUGUCAACGUAAAUUUUGAGAGAUCAUGUAUUGAGGAUUACUAUGAUAUUCUUCUUGAAGUAAAAGGACACAAAACUUUAAGCGAUUCAUUCAUGAAUUAUAUUCGUGAAGAAUCUUGUGAAUAUCAAACUGAAACUUAUGGUUUGCAAGAUGCAAAAAAAGGUGUAAUUUUUGAGAGUUUUCCACCCGUACUACGUAUACAAUUAAACCGAUUUGAAUAUGAUUCGCAAAAAGAUACUGUAGUUAAAAUAAAUGAUCGUCUCGAAUAUCCUCUGGAAAUUGAUUUAGAAAGAUAUUUAUCAUCAGAUAGUGAUAGGUCAAAACCGCAUAAUUAUUUACUUCAUGGAGUAAUUGUUCACAGUGGUGACUUAUAUGAAGGCAGUUAUUAUAUUUUUUUAAAACCAGAAAAGAAUGGAAAAUGGUUUAAAUUUGACAAUCAUAGAAUUAUACCUGUAAUUGAUAAAGAAGUGCUUGGAGAUAAUUAUGAAGUUGAAAUCACCAAAGCUAACAGUUCUAUGAAUGCAUACAUGCUGAUAUAUAUCCGCGAAUCCGAUAUCGAUUUUGUGCUAUCUCCGAUACUUGCUGAGGAUAUACCAAGACAUCUAC